AAGCUAAGGUUUCAUAUAUUGCAUUCACUAUAAAUCAAGAGACUUUGCUGCAUGCAACAGAAGCACGUAUACAGAGAGAGAGAGAGAGAGAGAGAGAGAUGGCAAAGAAGGUAGGGGAUGAUGGUAUAGCAUUAGAUUUUCAAGUAGGAGAUGAGGCUGUUGAGAUAAUAAACGUUAAGCGCUCAUUUCUCUUUGAUCUUCUGCCAUGUCCAUUGUUAGUGUUUUCGCCCACUACACAAGGAUCCUAUCCCGUUUUACUCUUUUUCCAUGGUUUCAUGCUCCAGCCCAACUGUUACAAAUCCCUCCUUCUACACAUUUCUUCCCAUCAAUAUAUCAUCGUCGCUCCUCAGUUUUCUCCUAUGGCAAGCCAAAGCCAGGAAGUGAAAAACGCAAGAAAAAUAGUAGAGUGGUUAUCAACUAACAACCUAGACUCCGUCCUGCCGGAGAAAGUCUUUCCGGACCUCCAGAAAGUCGCCGUCUCCGGCCACAGCAGAGGUGGCAAAACAGCAUUCGCCCUAGCAUUAGGCCACGGCGGCAGCUCAACAUCAAACGCAACCCAAUUAGAACCCCCUCUCAAAAUCUCAGCACUCCUCGGAAUUGAUCCAGUAGCAGGAUCCUCUCUGUCCUGUUUAUGCUCUCCCAACGUUCUCCAAUAUAUUCCUUACAGUUUCGAUCAAUCAAUUCCCGUGGCUGUAAUUGGUUCCGGCUUGUCAAAUCAACGAGCGUUUGGUGUGUGUCCACCUGCCGCACCAAAUGGGGUAAAUCAUGCUGAGUUUUUCAACGAGAGUAAGCCUCCUUGUUAUUAUUUCUUGGCUAAGGAUUAUGGCCAUCUUGAUAUGUUGGAUGAUGGAGCGGCAGCUUUGCUUAGUUGGAUGAUGAAAAGUGGAAAGGGAUCAAAGGAUACUAUGAGAAGGACUGUUGGAGGGCUUUUUGUGGCAUUUCUCAAGGCUUAUUUGGGAGGUCAAGCUGAUGAUUUAAUUAAUAUUGUUGAAUCGCCUAAAAUUCGUGCUCCUAUUACACUUGAUCCUGUUAUAUCUAUCGAGGAGUAAUUUGAGAAGAUAGUCAUGAAAUAUAAACAUCUUUUGUAAUAAAUCUGUCUACUAAUUGUGUGGACGUCUGCAGUCCUAUAAUUGUAUUUUGAAAUAUUUUUCACAUUCGACGACAAUAUAUGUACUAUGUUUGAGGAAUAAGUUUGUUUCGAAAAUUCGUAAUAUAAUAAAGAAGUUUGUUUAUCUCUUA